AAGAACGUAACUCCGUAACCAUAUCCGGGUCACGAGGUGAAAGGUCAGCUACCCUCGAUCCACUUCCGCCAUCAUGGAGAAUUUGUUGUAGCUGUUGACUCCAGAGUUAGAGAAAUUCUCUACUUCCUUUGCCCUGUCGUAGAGGUUACAUGUAGACCAGUUCCAGACAAGUGUCCAAGAACAAGCAUUCCACCAUGGAUCCUCCAGUCUCCAAGCCACCCACCUGGCUGCUUCAGGCCAUCAAGGCAGUACAGAAGCAGGGCCUGGCCACUAAAGACAGGAUAGUCAACCACGUGUGCAGGCAUCAUGGUGUCCCGCGGGACACUGUGCAGCAACAGGUGGAGUCGGCUACCAACCAAGGCCAGAUCCUCAGGGUACGACAGGCAAAAGGCGCCUGCGUCUACAUCAACCCAACUGAUGCCACCUGGUCCAGAGCCAAAGUCCAGUUGAAACGUCUUAAGUCAAAGGAUUUCUCAGACAAGUCUUUAAGAUCGAGAGAUGUUGGUUCAGUAGGGGAAGAAAACAUUUCACUGAACAUGGAGGUCUGGGACUCCCCCACCAAAGAAGACCAUGUAACAGGUUCGUCCAACAGUCCUGAAGCAUACAUGGCACCAGCUUCAACUGAUAGUGAUGAAACAGAAACAAUGACUACUCGGGAAGUCAAGACUGAAAGUGGUCCAACUGAUGACUUUGUUAUCAGUUUAAUCCUGGAUGCUGUGGACAAGAUCAAGUUUGGAAGGAAAAAAGCGAGCCGAGAAGCUAUAGUUGACAGUGCUUGUAAGACGUCUGGUCUUCAGAAGGAUGUAAUACAAAAGGGGUUUGAAGUGGCAUUGGCAAGUGGAGUUAUAAGUUCCAAAAACUCUGGGGCAUCAUAUUACUGUAAUCCCUCAGACUUUCAAGCAAGCUCUCAGACAAACCCUCAGACAAAUCUCCUGUUCACAACUACACCAAGUACACAUGCAGAUUACUUCCUCCUCAUCUGCAAGGCAAUCUUAGACAUGGAUGAGGAAGGUGGGUCGUCUUUACUCGCCAUCAGUAGGUACCUAGUUCACGACCUACAAGUUGAAAACAACUUUAGCCUGAAGGCUAGGCUACAGCAAGCAGCAAAACGUGGCUUGUCACAGGGAAAAUUGCAGAAGGACGGCAUUUUGUACAAGCUUGGGCAUGCUGAAAAGAGCAACAUGAAGAAGUGCCAGCUUGAUGUUAGAAUGUCAGGCAAGCCUGAUAUGACUGUCAAACAGUUGAUCAGAGAAGUACUGAGAAAGAUGAAGGUAAACAAGCAAAAACCGUCUGAAGAGGGAAUCUGUAGACCCAUAUCGCGGGACUGUAGCAUUGCUGAGAAAGAUCUUUUGGAGUGCUUGGAUCUGUGUGUUGAUGAAGGCAGCAUUUUACAGAUCUACAAAGCAGAUGGAAGUGUGGUUUACAAGUUACCAGCGACUGAUGUCAUCAAACCAGUCAAGAGGAGAAACAUUCCUGAUGGAGAAAAAGAGGCAAAUUCAUCUGGUACAGACAAGAAGCUUAGAUGUUCUGACAGCCCUUCUCUAGAGGAAAUGUUGCACAAGGCCAUCAAGAGAAAGCACAUGUUAAGACAGCAGACCACUGCUGUGGGUAUCUUCAGCACUUUACUACGGAUGACCAAGAAGGUCUUCACACUGGGCCAGGUGAGAAGCCAACUGGCCCUCAGUGUAGAGAAGGGAAGCAUGACCAAAAUGGGAUAUGGUGGCAAGACAUUGUAUUUCUCAGUGACUGCUGCAGUGCAGAACCAAAGCAGUGUAGACAACAAGUCAGCUGAAGGUCCUUUGGAUGUUGAAACAAUGCUGCAUGAUGGGCCUUCAGUUGCUGCAGAUUCAAACCCAUUUCCAGUAGAUGAAGCAGUGCCUCAGCAGGGAAGUAAAAAGUACAGGAAAUGGCUGAUCCGUGCCAUACAUGACAUAAAGGCCAUGAGACAAAGAGUCACUGCAGAGCGCAUCUGCAAGAGAGUUUUGCGCCAGCACAAGGUUGACCCUACAGUAGUACAGCUACAGUUAGCAUUGUGUGUUCAGGACAGCAGGUCAACAAUCAACAGAAUAAUCAUGCCAGAUGGGGUAGCAAUAUACAGAGUAGGAAAAGGUACAGCAUCAAAGGGUACAACAUCAACGAAGCAGACAGCAAGAAAGAGUGUAAAACAAAAAGGCAGUUCAAGUUGUCAGAAGUCAAGUAACAAAGCUGACCCCAUCAUCGCAAACUACAUCCUUCACGCAAUUCUCAUCCUCAAGCGCCUCAACAUUGCACUCACGGCAGAGCACAUCUGCAGGCAAGUCUACCUGAACCAUGAUGUAGAUGCUAUAGUUGUGCCUGGACAGCUUCAGUUUUGUGUGAAAGAAGGCAUCGUUACACACACGAUAGGGGAAGAUGGUGCAUCUUAUUAUGAAGGCAGUACUACUGAAUCAACUUCUACAAAUGCUCUGAAAAGUGCAUCAUCCCCACAAAGUGCCACAACUCGUCCAGUGGGCAAGACACUUCCCAAGGGGAAAGGGAGCAAACUGUCAUCAGUCUCAAAGCCUCUGAAGCAGAAAGGAGGAGGAAAACCUGUUCUGACAUUAGAAGGGACAGGAAAACCUGAUGCCUUAGUCAAGAAGUGGAUAUUGGAGGCAAUACAGAAGUGUAGAGAACUCAGAGUUUGGACAUCUGAGGAUCAGAUCAUCAAAAGAGUACGACAGCGGCAUGGCAGCCACGUUGAUGCUGCCCUGAUAAGUGAUAAUCUAGCUCGAUGUCUGCGGGAAGGGUCUGUCGAGAAGAAGUUCCUACCGGAUGGAAGAGAGUCGUACCGACUGAACAAGGACGUCAGAAGCAAGACGCCAGUGUCCUCGGGACCAUCACCAGACCCGUUAGUGAAGGCAACCUUACUUGAGGCCAUUCAUACCAAUGAAAACACAGCUGCCACUCCCUACACUGAUGAGAUCUGCAAGAAGGUGGCCAACAUGCUCGGGCAGAGGGAGCAGCACAUCUAUGAACAGUUACGACUGUGUAUGAAGGAGGGAAGCAUUGCCGAGUGUGAGCAGAGCAACCCAGACCCCCUGGUGAAGGCGACCAUCUUGGACGUGAUCCGUUCGCAGGACCCGCGGAACCGACCGUACACAGAGGACAUCUGCGAGGAGGUGGCCCAGCUGCUUGGGAAGGAUGUGGAUGAGAUAGAGAUGGAGCUGCAGCUGUGCAUUAAGGAGGGCAGCAUUGCUGAGAUGGAGGAGGAGGAGUAUGAGGAGCCCCCGCGACCGAUAGUCCACGUGGAUCCCGACUCCAGCGUGAGCGAGCUGGUGGUGCAUGCGGCACAGCAGAUGGACGACAGACACUUCACGGUCAGGGACGUGGAGAGGUGGAUCGGGGAGAACUUCAGCUUGGAUGUGGCGGCAGGGGUGGACCUGGGGGCCAAGAUACAGGAGGCCUACACACAGUGCUACCGGGAGGGGACACUACCUGCAACAGCACUUAACAGUUCAACUGUACAGGGCAGUGUGGAUGUGGAUUCUCCCCGACCAGUAGCUUUUGUGGAUCCCAAAGCAACAGAGCCCUAUCCAGUUAUGCUGGUUUGUCACCAGAGUCUCCAGCAACAUGAAAACAGCACUGAUGAUGAUGCACAGGCUACCAUGGGCAGUGGAGAUGACCCUCAGCUGGAGGUGACCACCACAGAUGUCUCCCAGGCUGAUGUGGACAUGACAGACAACCAUGAGAUAAGUGCUGUCACCAUAAAGAAGGUCACACCAAGCUUUGCUGCAAAUGAUGACCUGCGUAGUACAGGCAGCACAGAUAACAUUAUGACAAAGGUGUCGAAAGUGAGUGAAGUCAUAUCAAGCACUGCCAUAUCCUCACCUGUCAUAGAUAUCACAGAUGAUGCCUCACCUGUCAUUGACCUCACAGAUGAUGUCAUGCCAAACCUUACUAGCUGCACAGUAACGUCUCAGACCAACAGUAGUCCUUUUGACAAGCAGUCUCUUGUAGGUGUCACAGUCUGUCCACAGCCAGUCACAAACAACAGUACUGACCCUCAGGCUAACAAGAACAGCACUCAUAACCCCAAAGUAACUAAAAGCAAUAAAGUAGGCCUAGGGUCUGGCAGGGAAGGCAGAAGUGAACAAGUUGCAGACAACGCAGUCGAUGAUGUUCCAAGUAAAGACGGUGAAAGUAACACAGAAAGCCAUGACAUGCAACUUAGCACAGAUGACCUGCUUCCAAGUCCAGACAGCACAGAUACCAGCCACCCAGGUAAAUGGGGCAGAGAUGACUCCCAAGCAGCUGCAAAUCUGAAUGGCCCCCAAAGGAGUAUCAACAAAAUGAUAGAAAAUCUAUGGCAAAGCAAGAGAAGUAUGAACACUGGCAAGGGCAGUGGUGAGGACAAUCCGUCAGACAAGGACAGCAAAGAUGUCCUCCAGACAAACACAGACAUCACUGAUGACUUCAAGUCUAAAGACUCUCAGUUUAGCUUGGACAACAAAGAUGUCAUGCAGUCAGACAUAGACGAAACUUCUGGCUUCAAGUCUGAAGACUCUCAGUUUGGCAAGGACGACAAAGGUGUCCUACAGAUAGACACAGACGAGACUUCUGGCUUUAAGUCUGAAGAUUCCCAGUUUAGCAAGGACAGCAAAGAUGUCCUCCAGUCAGACACAGACAAAACUGACGACUGUAAGACUGAAGACCCUCAGUGUAGCAAGGAUGACACAGUUGCCCUCCAGUCAGACACUGACGAAACUUCUGGCUUCAAGUCUGAAGACUCUCAGUUUGGCAAGGACGACAAAGAUGUUCUACAGAUAGACACAGGUGAGGCUUCUGGCUUCAUGUCUGAAGACCCUCAGUUUAGCAAGGACAGCAAAAAUGUCCACCAGUCAGACACAGAUGAGACUUCUGGCUUCAAGUCUGAAGACUCUCAGUUUAGCAAGGACAGCAAAAAUGUCCACCAGUCAGACACAGAUGAGACUUCUGGCUUCAUGUCUGAAUACCCUCAGUUUAGCAAGGACAGCAAAAAUGUCCACCAGUCAGACACAGACAUCACUGAUGACUUCAAGUCUGAAGACUCUCAGUUUGACAAGGACGACAAAGAUGUCCUACAGACAGACACAGACACAGAUGAAACGUCUGGCUUCAAGGCUAAAGACUCUCAGUUUAGCAAGGACAGCAAAGACGUCCUCCAGACAGAAUCAGACACAGAUGAGAGUUCUGGCUUCAAGUCUGAAGACCCACAGUUUAGAAAGUCAAAUUCAGACAUCACUGAUGACUUGAAGUCUGCUCCAGAUUGUUGUGAUGAUGGGAUGACCUCUGGCCCUCCAUUGCUGAGUCCGCAGAGACGUAUCCCUGCACAGGUGCCAUCUCCCAAACCCAGCCCUCCCCUACUCAUUCCACAGAGAGUCAUCACUACAGAACAGUCUCCAUCACCACCAGAGAUGGACCCAUCUGUCUGUCUGCCCAUUCUGUCAUCUGGCAUCAAGCAGGAGAGAUAACUUCAGUUUUGUUUCAACAGCUGAAAUGGAGAGAGUCGAGCAUCUGCCAUCAGUGGUUACCAGGAGGAGAAGAUGAUCAGUACCAGUGAAGAAUCUACACAAGUAUCUCAGACUAAAGAGAUAUUGGGUAUAUGUUAUGUUCAUGUGAAAACGAUCCUUGAUGGAAAAAAUUUUGAGCAGUGUUUGUUGAGCAUCUUUGUUUUGUUUUGUUUGGGCUGGGCUAAUCCAGGUUCUUUUUUUCCUGACUUAAAAAAAUGCAAAUUCCAUAAUUAUGAGAUUCUGAGCAUAUAUCAAUCCCAACAUGUUAAUGUUUUAUUACCAACAAUUGAAGUGUGUAGUUGUUCAAGUUGUUUAUGAAAUGUCUUUAACCAUGGCAUAAGCUCUUAUGUUAGAAUUGUGUUCCAUGGAUUUAUUCAUGCGGAAGCAUAUCGGGGUCCAUCAUAGAAUGUCUGUUUCUAUUUUUCACUCCUAGAAUUUUCUUUAAAAAAAACAUGGAGAAUCAAGAAAUUAGUGUGACCCAAGUUCAGAUUUGUGUUACUGUAGGUGUGGAAGUAUUACCUACAUGUAUCUGAACCAUAAUGAAACAGAUGAAACCCAUUGUCCCUGGAGGAAGAAGAAAAAGUGACCUCUGCCAUAUAAUGAAUGAACCAUCAGCUUUAUUCUUUAUCAAGCGAUGCAUAUGUAACAAUGUUGGGUUUAUAAUGUGUGAAACAGAGAGCUUGAGAGUGCUUGUAAAUAAUCCAAGUUCCAAAGGUGAUGAGAUGAUUUCACAGUAUACAUAUUAUAUAUAUAUACAAAAUGUGUAUUCAGACCAAUUGUUUAUACCAUACAAUAGUUUUGCAAUUGUAACAAAAUCUGCUGCUCCAUUGUUGCUCAGUCCCAGAACCAAUGUUAAAGCCACAGUGUUAGGUUAGAAUGUGUCACAGCCAUUACAUGAAAGGACCAUUUAAACCAGAAGGUUAUAGAAUUUAAAGACCAUCAGAGACUCGAGCGUGUUUCUCACAGGAAAACGUACCCCAUCAUUUUGGAUGGGGCUUGGGAACCUGCAAACAUUGGUAGAUUUCUAAAAUUGUGCAAUGCUUGAGAGGGUACUGUGCAUAUUAUAGCCGAAAUGUCAUGUAGAGCUUGCAGACUCAUUGGUAGUACUCAUUUAGUGCUGUGUUACAGGAUCUUCAUUGUCAUAUGUGACAAUGUCAUAUGUCACAGUGAAUUCAUUGCUAGUUUCUAUAAAAAGGCAGAAUUAAGAUUAUAAAUUUAUAUGCUUUGUAGUUCCUUACCUAGAUAUAACUGGAGAAAUAAUACUUAUGCUUUUCUAAGCCAAAUGUUGACACUGCGAGAGCUUCAAAUCAAACACAGUGGUCAGUAUUUGUCCAGUAAUGUGAUAUUAAAAUACAGCCUACAGUAUCUUAGUGGAAGGUCCAAAGCCAGUUAUUGAUAGCUAAGUUGUUAUAUUCACACGAAUUCGAACUUCAAUGUUUGAAAUAGGAAAUGCAAUUUUGUUGCUUUUUGUUUGUUUCCAGUGUGUUGUAGUUAGAAUGUAACACUACUGAACAUUGUAUGCCGUUUGGCACUUUAAUUUCACUCUUUGAUGUUAAUGGACAUUGUUAUACUAUCAGAUUAAGUUGGUAAAAUUGACCAAAAGAAACAUUUCUAAUUCACUGUGUUGGAUCCAUGUAUUGUAAGUUGUAAUCUCAUGAUAGUGAAGAUCAUGAAAACAACAAAAGCGAAUAUUACAUGUCCAUUGUUUAUUUUUGUUAUGGUACAUACACGUAUUGUAUACAUGUAUGACAAGUUGUAAUUUCAUGACAGGUGAAGAAUAUCAUGCAAAUAACU